ACAGCCUUUGAACGCAGCAUCAGGAAAUGGCUCAGAAACAUGGCACUGCUGUAAACAAGCAGAGACUGUGGUGUGCUCUGCCUGCCUGUUUCUCACAGUGAAUCAUCUCCACCUCAAAGUUUCCCCCUGUCAGUAGAAACCAAUGAGCAUUGAGUCAGGUAUGUGAGCACCUGAGCGCGCGCGGCUCCACCUUGUGACGUGGAGACGGGAAAACGAAACCUAACUGAGUGGAUCCGCACCUCGUGAAGUUCCGUGUCAUUUCUGCAGAUUCAGUCCAGCACUGAGAGAGAGGGAUCAGCAGCAAAUCACAGAGAGUGAGUGUAUGAUGAGGCUGGAGACACCUUAGAGGAGAGAUCACAGAACAACAUGUCUGCGUCCAGAAAAGAACUCCGGGAGGCUUUGUGCCGCUACACCACCGACACCUUCAUCUACAUCGACACCGUCACCAGAUUCUGCGAGAGGAACCCUAAAUGGAUGCUCGGCAUGGAGUCAGAGUUGAACAUGAUAACGGACAUCAAAGAAAGAGCGGACGGCAUCGACCUCGGCUUCGGUCAUGUCACCCAAUCAGAGAACAAAGGAGAAGCCUUCCUGGAGUACAUGAAGAGCAAGGUGACGCAGGGGUCUGCACGGAGCAGGCGUGAAGAGCUGGUGGAGGAGCUGAAAGCUGUGCUGAAGGAGACGCUGUUAGAGCUGGAGAAGCUCCACUGCUUCCUGGACGCGGUGGAGAAGCUGGCAGUCACCUCACUUCACGUGUUCUCAAAGGAGAAGAAGGUGGUGUUAAAUCUGCCAAAAGGGGUCAAACUGCAGGACGUCCAGGUCGUCAUCCUCGCUGCACGACUGAUCUGCCCUCUGCUGCUGGAGUUCAAAAGAGAUGCAGGAGACUUCUUCCGUCCUCAGCUGCAGAAUGUGGAAGUGCUGGCGUAUCAGCUGGACAAAUACAUCCAGACCACCGCCAGGAUCUGUGGGCUGAUAAAGAAGAGCAGCGUGUACGGCAACUUUAACCUGAAGAUGAGCAAGAAAAUCUGGGCCGACCUGAACGUGGAUCUGACUGAAGACCACGUUAAGAGGAUGCUUUAUCACGUCAAUCAGCUGGAUGACAUCAGGAUGAACCAGUCCUUCCGGUUGGUGUUCCUGUUUCAGGAGAAGUCCUGCUCCGGCUUCCUGGAUGAGUUCAGCGAUCGUCGGCCCGGGAUGCUGCAGUCUCUGGAUGAGCUGGAGGCCACAGCCGUUCAGCUGGACUCCAUGAACAAAGGAGCAAAGAUCUCCAGCGUGGUGGGCAGCUCAGUGGGGGCGGUCGGAGGCAUCCUCUCCAUCAUUGGUUUGGCGUUGAUUCCUGUAACACUUGGAGCGUCUCUGGGUCUUACCAUGGCCGGGGUGGGACUCAGCGUCACCAGUGGGGUCAAUGGUGUCGUCACCACUGCAACAGAGCUCGGCGUGAACACGACGCAGCAAAAGAAAGCCAGGGAGGUGUUCCAGAGGUUCAUGGAGGAUGUGCAGAGUCUCCAAGAGCGUCUGGAGGAGGUCAGCUCUCAAACAGUCGCCAGAAUAGAAGAAAGUCACAUGGAUGUGGUCGUUGGAGUCGGCAGGAUGGCAACCAAAGCUGGUGCUACAGUGAGAGGCAUUGAUUCCCUCAUUGCUUCAGCCUCUGUUGUGAAAGUGAUGAAGAGUGAGGAGUUGGUUGUGACUGCCGGUAAGGUGGUGGCUCAGGAAAGUAAAGCUCUACGUAACGUUCCCAAAGUGGCCGCAGACAUCCCAGACAUCGGGCAGGCGGCUGUCAAAGGCCCGCUCGCACUCUCCAAAUCCGCCAGGGCCGGUCUCAUCGGGCUCAACGCCUUCUUCCUCGGCAUGGAUGUCUUCUUCAUCUGCAAAGACAGCAUCAGUCUGUCUAAAGGCAGCGAGACCGAAGUGUCCCAGUUCAUCAGAGCCAGAGCGGCACUUUGGCGCUCAGAGAUCCAGGCGUGGGAGAAGAUCCACGACACCCUGAACAAAGGUCUGCUGACGUCAGAGGAACACAAAGCUGUCCUGGAGACGCCGCUGAACCCGGAGAUGGAGAUGGUGGAACAAACAGAACUCAAAAUGACAACAGCGUCUGAUGAGGUGGAUGAAAACAAGGGGAAAGGAGGAAAAGUUUGUUCUAUAAUGUAGAUCUCAGAGAUUCUGUUUUACAAUCUCUAGCACUAAUCCAUGUAAGUCAUCAAACGUAAUACAUUUAAAUGUGAAUUAAUGGUAGAGUGAGGCAGUUUGAUCUCUGCUCCUGCCGUCCACCAUCACAGAGACUCACGCCGACCCCCUCUGCUCCCAAACUGAGGAGUCAACCAAUCAAACCAGCACUACACAAGAUUUAUUUACUUUAUAAAACUGCAUUAUUAUGGUUUCAUGAAGAGGAAAGACAUUAAAAAGGGGUUAAACUGGAUUCCCUCGAUCUGUAUCCAGCCUGCUUUGCACAUUGAAGUAAUGCUUGCUUCCUCAAGCCAAAUCGUAUACCUUUCUCACUCUUUAGAUGAUAAUAAAACGGUAUUAUGAGUGUGCCUCAUACACAGAAUUUUACGGUGCACUUCCUCUGCCAUCGGUGUAUGAAUGUAAAAGGAAUUGGCAACUGUGUGCGCUAUAUAAUCACAAUAGGUUUACUACUAAAUACAGUAAAUGCUUCAACUUUUUGAGCUGUGCGAGGUCCUUUUAUGAACCUCUUGGUAAGCAUGUUUCAAAUAAUGCCUCAUGAAGUUUGGUGAUGUAUAUCUCCUAUGUUUAAAAAAUCUACUGAACAAAUGUAAUGACUAAUUGAAGGGUGAUUGUCUUAAUACGAGGGUCGCUAUCACUGUCAUAAAAAAAUAUUGUAAAUAAAAAUUCUGUAUCAUCUGUAUUAUUCAAUGUAUAAUUUUGUAUGCACAUUUUUUUGCACAAUCAAAUAAAAUAAGGGGAACAAUA